CCGAUAAUACCGGAGCCAUGUGAACAAGAGGAAACGGCGAAAGUGUGUGUAUAUGUGGCCGCGGAAAUCGUUGACGAGUUGGGGGGGCCGCCGGUGAUACCCGCGUAUCGGUGACGUAAAUGAGAAGGGUGGCGAGAAGUGGCCGUUUUUCGACCGCGGAAAUGAACCUGCCGGGUGUACACGGGCCUCGAACAGUAGGCGACAGUGCACGACAGUGCUAGGGCUGCUCCCGGAAAAAGAAGGGCGAGGGGAGAGACCGAUACACGAUCGGAGAAGGGUUCUCGCCACGAACGACCGGGCCGGGAGCACCGUUCGCGAAGAUAGGCGGCCCGGUGUUGCUUGAGAUGGACUCGGUCGCGGUGACGGUGCCUCUUCGUCAACCGACGAAAAAGAUGAAGAAACGGAAGGAGCUCGACGCGCUCGCGCCCCCACACACUGUCUCCCGCCGGAGUUCCGGAAAGCGUAGCUCCCAAGAGUUACUAUCAGAUAGCAGCGACGAACGAUCGGAAUACUGGAAUGUAUCGACUAGAAAUGGCCGCAAAUGCAGAGGCAGACGAAGUCGAGGUUGUCCCGGAUUUUUUAAAGCUUGUAGUGCCUUUCUGGCUUGCGCCUCUGUAUUAGCAACCGCUAGUUUAAUUUGGCUGUUCAUCGAUGUUCGUCAGCAACUCACUGCACUUCGGACCGAACUGGACCAAGUGAUAGCCGGUAACGAAGGAGUACCAGACGCUCUACAGAAAUGCCACUCUCUAUCGAGAGACCUCCAGAACAACCAGACCAUUAUCUUCUCUCAGUUAUCCGAUCUCAAGCUUCAAGUCAAUAAUUUUACUACACAGUUAGCCGUUAUCCAACGUGACCUGCAUCGGGUAGAGGAGUGGUUCAAAGCUGGGCUCGAACCCACGGACUUGAAGGCACUUUCGAGUAGUGUGGUGUCGUUUGGCAGCCAAAUACAAGACCUAAGCGCCACGGUGAAGUCCCUAAAGGAGUCGAACGCGAGGGUGCAAGAUGCUCAGACCACUAUGCAGCAGAAUAUCACCAGCAUCAAGAACGCUAUAACAGAGAUGUCCAACGUCACCCAGAGACCUCAAAUCGUGACCACGAACGAAACGAAGAUAAGAACUGAUGAACUGAACGCGGCCAUAUUACGUUUGACGACCAAUUUGAUUCACGUGAACGAAAGCCUGACAAGAGCGGUGCAGUGGGUCGCGGAGGAUCAAAAGAAAGAUCAUGAAACCCUGGUGUUGCUUCAGGAGACCUCACAGAACGUUAGCAUGAAGGUGAUAUCUCUGGAGACGGAGUGCGUCAAGACCACUGUCUUAGCUUCUGUUAAAAAAUUGAACGAUCAAGUCGCCGAGAUUUACGUAGUUCACGCAGAUCUCAACGACAGGGUGAAGCAUUUGGAACAAUCGUAUGGCACCCUAAGGAAUUCGACGAGCGUAAUGCUAGCUGGAAUACCAGACAUACAGGGACCGAAACCGCACAACGCAAAGGAUUUGAAAGAAUCGAUCGUUGGAGACACGACGACUGAACAGAUUCGUAGUGGGUUAGCCUUGGAUGAUAUAUCUGCGAGGAAACCAUUGCCGGAUAAACAGAAACGUUCAAUAGGAACCCCGUAAUAUAUUCCAGCGGUAAAUGGACGAAGUUUCGCUUUGUACAGUUACAGUGGUUCUGUUUCCAAAGUACCAGGAAGUGUGUAUUUGUAAAUACAAAUAAAUUAAGUAUGUUGAAAAUUC